AUGGAAAUAGUUGAUGCCAGCUUCCUCGGGAACGGAACCAAUAUUACUGCUCUCCUCUGCAAUAUCAUCUUGGAAAAUGACACUUUUUUCUGUGUGGAUGAUCCACCUUAUCCUUCUAAGGAUUUGCAUCAGAUAAUUCGGAUUCUGCUGUAUUCUUUGAUAUUUCUGCUCAGCAUUUUGGGGAACAUUCUGGUAAUUACAGUGCUGAUAAGAAACAAGCGGAUGAGAACUGUCACCAAUACAUUUCUGCUGUCUCUUGCAGUCAGCGACCUGAUGCUCUGCCUUUUCUGCAUGCCAUUCACCCUCAUUCCCAACCUGCUGAAAGAUUUUAUUUUUGGCAGUGCUGUUUGCAAAACUGCCACUUAUUUCAUGGGUGUCUCUGUAAGUGUAUCUACAUUCAACCUGGUUGCCAUCUCCUUGGAGAGAUACAGUGCCAUCUGCAAACCUCUGCAGUCCAGGGUCUGGCAGACAAAAUCUCAUGCCUUGAAAGUGAUUGCUGCUACCUGGUGUCUUUCCUUUACCAUCAUGUCACCAUACCCAAUUUAUAGCAAACUGGUACCUUUUACCAAGUACAACAACACCACAGCAAACAUGUGUCGGCUCCUGUGGCCCAGUGAUGUCAUUCAGCAGUCUUGGUACACUUUCCUGCUACUCAUACUCUUCCUUAUACCUGGGAUUAUAAUGAUGAUUGCAUAUGGCCUCAUUUCUUUGGAACUCUACAGAGGAAUAAAAUUCGAUGCCAGCCAGAGGAAAUCUUCACGAGAAAGAAAGAUAAGUACCUGCAGUGCCAAAUACGAGGAUGGAGACGGAUGCUACCUCAACAAAACCAAAAGAAAAAGGAAAAUGCCAUUGCAACAGCUCUCUGCUUCUGGCCACGGCAAGAUAGAAAGGGUGAGAAGCAGCAGCUCUUCUGCCAACUUAAUGGCCAAGAAGCUGGUCAUCCGGAUGCUGGUGGUGAUUGUCAUUUUGUUUUUCCUUUGCUGGACUCCCAUCUUCAGCGUCAACGCCUGGCGUGCCUUCGACACCGCCUCGGCGGAUCAGAGGCUCUCGGGAGCUCCCAUCUCCUUUAUCCACUUGUUGUCCUACACUUCUGCCUGUGUCAACCCCAUCAUAUACUGCUUCAUGAACAAGCGUUUCCGGGUGGCUUUCCUCACCACUUUCACCUGCUGUGCAAAGCAAAAACCCCCUGCAGUCAGGGGAGAGGUUGGCGAGGAAGAGGAGGGGAAGACCACGGGGGCUUCACUCUCCAAAUGCUCUUACACACACAUGAAUGUGUCUGCACCCCCCUGA